UAUUGCCCUUCAAGCAAUCUAGAACAGACUGACAGUGCAAGGAAAGUGUUUCUUGAGUAUCACAAUGCUGUUCGUCGAGAAGUGUCACUUGGAAACCGUAUGUACUUCCUUACGGGAAGGUACAGGCGAGCUUAUCUUGGACCGGCGGAAAACAUGUAUCAAUUGACAUGGAACUGUAGUCUAGAACAAAAGGCACAAGAUCAAAUCUCGUCGUGCAUUCACGGAAAGCUGACUGAUCAUGCUCACAAUUUUUUGAAGUGA